UUCAGGGUGAAGAUUCCGCGGGAAGCCUCCCGAUAUGGAACAAAGCCCUCUUCUUGCUCCGAAAUCACGUUUAGGUAAAGAGUGAGAGAAGAGAAGAUGCCGAUCGAAAUGCCCAAGGGAUUGCCCUUCUCGGUGGACACAUGGACUCCUUCGUCGUCCAAGAGGCACUGUUUCCUCACGCACGCUCACAAAGACCAUUCCUCUUCCAUCACUUCCCACUCUUCAUACCCAAUUUACUCUACCAAUCUCACCAAAACCAUUCUCCUUCAACAAUAUCCACAGCUAGAUGCUUCCUUGUUUCUCAACAUAGAGCUUGGUCAAUCCUUGGUCAUCCAUGACCCCGCCGCCGCCCCAUUCACCGUCUCCGCUUUUGACGCCAAUCACUGCCCCGGGGCGGUGAUGUUCUUGUUUGAAGGCAAAUUUGGUAAUAUUCUGCACACGGGAGAUUGCAGGCUCACUCCUGAGUGUUUGCUCAACUUACCUGACAAGUAUGUUGGGAGGAAAGGGAAAGAGCCUCGCUGCCCUCUUGAUUGUGUUUUCUUAGACUGCACUUUUGGCAAUUUCUCUCAGGGGAUGCCUAGCAAACAUUCUGCUAUUCAACAGGUUAUUAAUUGUAUAUGGAAGCAUCCUGAUGCACAGACAGUGUAUCUAACCUGCAACAUGCUCGGUCAGGAAGAGAUCCUUGUUAAUGUGUCCGAAACAUUUGGGGCCAAGAUAUACGUUGAUAAAGCCAAGUAUUCAGAAUGUUUUGAGAAUCUAGCACUUACUGUGCCUGAAAUCCUCUGCGAAGAUCCAGCUUCUCGUUUCCACUUGUUUGAUGGAUCUCGAAAUCUAUAUGAAAGAGCUAAAGCAAAGCAGGUUGAGGCCAAAGAAACUCUCCAACCCGAGCCUCUCAUUGUGCGCCCUUCUGCACAGUGGUAUGCUUGUGAAGAAAAGUUCUCAGAUAUUGAUAACACUAGAAAGAAGAGGAUGGACGAAGCAGUUAAGGAUCAGUUUGGUGUCUGGCAUGUUUGUUACUCAAUGCACUCAUCCAAGGAAGAAUUGGAAUGGACACUUCAACUUCUUGCACCUAGGUGGGUUGUUUCAACAACCCCCAGCUGCAGGGCUAUGAAACUGGAUUAUGUAAAGAAACACUUAUUUAACUCUAAAGGAGCUCUCAACAACUCUAUGUGGAAGCUUCUGGAUAUGACUCCGGAAACUUCUGAUCAUGUUGAUACGUCAGAAAAAUCUGUGAGCUGUAAUCUUGUUCUUGAAGAAACCCCUCAGCCUUGUGCACAAUCUAAUGUGCUAACUAAAUCACCUGUCAAACAGUUCACUGAGGCUAAAACACUAAAAGCACUGCUUCUUCAUGACAAAAGCUUGCCUAUCACGUUAUUUGGAAGAGCAAGGUUCACUCUCCAAGAUAGUGGCUUUUCACGAGUAGGAUGUAACACAUUGCCCGUUAAUGUCCUUACCCAAACAGUUUCAAACGAUGCACGACAAGAAUUCUUGAAAGAUGCUGAGGAUGCUGAAGUGAAGGAGAGGUCACCAGAAAAAAAGAAUGAUUUACAUCAAGUGGAGAAGAAUCAGCAAACUGAGGUUCAGGAGGACACAAGAGUUCAUAAGGGUGCCUCUUAUCUAAAUAUCGGAUCUUCAGGCUUGAGUGGAACUGUGAGAAAGUUGUACGGGUCAAUGAAUGUUCCUGUGCCUCAACCUCUUCCCUCCUUAAGGGAUCUUAUAAAUUCCAGAAAACGUGUCAAGAGGGGAAUUAAAUAUUAAUCUUGCUUUUAUUCAGUUAUCUUCCAUUUAUCAUGCUUGGAGAUGUUCAUGCACAUAUGAUUCUUAAGAUUUUACAAGAAUUUUGCCUUGCUCUUUCCCGAACCACCAUCUAUGUCACGAGUGCUUGACAAGAAGCAGGAAGGUGGAAGGGAAUAAUCUGCAGGAUUGUGCAAGUGUUGUCAAAUCUGUUUCAAUACUGUUAUAGUUAUUCUCUUUGAAUAAGAGACGCUUCACUGUCAUUAUGGCAAUUCAAACAUUAUUUUUAAAGUUUUAGCUGACAAGGAGCAGCAGAAGUCAGCAGAACUCAGUAUAUAGUGAAGAGAUUCAUUCAA